AUGUCGGCACCAACUUUGACAUCGCGCUCGCGUAAAGCUUGGCUACCAGUCCUCCUCAUCGCCAACCUUGUCAUCACCAUAGUGACCUUUAUUGCUGCCUGCGUCCAUUACAAUUCCUUCACCACUCUUUUUUUGUACUUGACCCUACUCGUCGUCGCCUUUCCUCUCCUCUCCCUUUCGCUCUUGCUGGUCAAGUCCAAUUCAUACAACUACAAGCUCCAGCUGCUCGAGUUUACUCCCAACUCAACGCCCCUGUCGGAGCAGGCAUCUUUCUUCUCCUCUAGCAUCGUCAGUCGCAGUCCAAGCCCUCCACCGGUCACGACUGCAUCAACAACCACGAGUGCGAGGAGAAGGCGAUCGUGUCGUCCGGCUCGCCUAGAGACUGCCGCCAAAUGUGCUCAGUACCUCUUUGCUGUCAUCUGGUUUCUCGCCAUCGUUGAGUGGAUCUUCUUCCGCCCCAUCUUCCCUUCUGGUUCCGGCUCAGAUCUCGACGAUGUGACGUCUCUCAUCAAAGCCUCCAUGCCAGCUAGUUUGGCGUCUCGACAACCAUUCAAGGUCUUCAUCGCCUCGAACCUCUACAACAACCAAGAGAUCUUGCCGACAUACAUGUCUUCACUCAAGAAGCUCAUCAAUCAUCUUGGACCAGACAAUGUCUUUGUUUCGAUCUAUGAAUCACAUUCAACCGACCAAACCAAGCCCAUGCUAGCCCAACUCGAGACGGAUCUUGCUCACAUGCAUGUCCCGCGUCGCAUCCUCUCCGAUGAUCAAGCUGUCCGAAUGAACAAGUCUUCCGCUGUUCAGGAUCGCAUCGAAUUCCUUGCUGGCGUCAGAAACGUUGCUAUGCAACCUCUCCUUGACCACAACAGCGCUGAAAAGUUCAGCCAUGUGCUUUGGGUCAACGACAUCAUCUUGAGUGCUCAAGAUGCCCUUCAGCUGCUUCAAACCAACAAUGCACAUUAUGACCAGGCAUGUGCCAUGGAUUUCAUUGGCAACGGCCUCUACGACACUUGGGUUACCAGAGAUGCUGAAGCCAAAACACUCAAACGUACAUGGCCUUACUUCAAGCGCACGCAGGAUAUUGAGGCUAUGCGAGAAGGCAGACCUUUCGAGGUCAACUCGUGCUGGAACGGUAUCACUGCAUUCGAUGCAAAGUGGUUCUAUCCCUCUUCGUCCUUUUCUUCCCUCAAGACCGAUGAGGAAGGACCAGUGACUCUGCCUCUCAAGUUCCGAUCCUCGCCCACAUGCGUCUCUUCAGAGUGUCAGCUGGUAUCGUACGACAUUCAUCGAGCCUCGCAACCGGCUCGACCUGUCAUCCUGAUCAACCCGGCCGUCAAGGUAGCCUACACGCACAGACACUACUUUUUGUACAACAGUCUCAUUCCUUCGCCUCUUGUUAGGACUUGGAGGAUCGUGUGGCGCGACUGGAUCGGGUACAGGCUGUUUGGCUGGGUCAGUGAGGGCAGUAGGUGGGAGAAUGGGUGUAGGGCUGAGCAGAAGAGUUGGGCCAAGGCGCCAUUGAAUUCAUUGUAG